AUGAUGAAAUUGCAAGAUUUUUAUCAUUUCGGUGUUUUUAUCGUUUUGAUCUGGGGUGGGCACCUGACAUUCGUCCCUGACAAGACAAAUCAAGUCCUAGCUGCCGUCCGAGACUUCACGGAAUACUACCCCGAUGAUAAGGCUGCCAUCAUUGCGUCACACGGCAUAAUCCCCGGCAACAGACAUGGUGAAUAUCUUGUUGACAUAGCAGUUGAAGCCACCACACUCUCCCCAGCUCCAACCACCCUGAGGCCCUGCAAGCAAUCAACAACCGCUUUGGAAUCUAUCGUGACGGAAAAUAAGCUCGUUCCAGGCCUGCAGACCUUUUUGACCUGCCAGCCAAUACCCAAACGGCUCGCGCGCCAUGCCCGGAAGAAUGGCGGGGGCCUGCGCGAUCAUGACGACUCUGUUGAUAGAAUUUUCAUGGUGAUGAACAAUGCGUACAAUCUCACAUCUGACAUCCCACGGACGGAGGGGGACAAUGACAUCCCUCGUUGA